AUGGAGGUUGUAGCAGCUGCAAAUAUUAUUAAAGAUGAUGAGAUUUCUAUAGCCAAGAGAAUGAGAGCAUUGUUCUAUCUAAGGAAUGAAAUGACACCAGAGUCAGUGAAUGCGAUUGCUGGAGGAUUCAAAUGCAAGUCUGUUCUGCUAAAGCACGAAGUGGCAUAUGUGCUUGGACAAAUGUGCUUGGAUGAAUCAAAAGAUAUACUUAUGCGCGUUCUUUCUGAUGAGACUGAGGAUGAGAUAGUUAGGCAUGAAGCAGGAGAGGCUCUAGGUAAUUAUGAACUAUCAGAGGAUAUUCUACAGAUACUGGAAAAAUAUUCUGAGCAUCCUAAAAAGCCUAUUUCUGAGACAUGCUAUAUUGCAAAGAUGAACAUCAGAGAGCGAGGAUAUUUGAAGGGAAAUAUGUCUAAGCACGAUUCAAGAGAUCCUGCACCACCGCUGAAUAGCAAUUUUGAAGAUGCAAAGCGAAUUCUACUUGACAGUUCUGAAUGCAUGUACAAAAGAUAUCAAGCGAUGUUUUUUCUAAGGGAUCUUGGGAGUUCAGAUGCAGUUCAUGCACUUGGGGAAGCAAUGAGUGAUUGCUCAUCAUUAUUUAAACAUGAGAUUUCGUUUGUGUUUGGACAGAUGAGAAACAUAGAAUCGAUUCCAUACUUGAUUCGGAAGAUGAAUGAUGCUAAUGAGCACGGAAUGGUCAGGCACGAGUGUGCAGAGGCAUUGGGUGCAAUAGGCAAUGAAGUGGCACUUGAGGAAUUAGUCAAGCACAUUGAGGAUCCAUGCGACAUUUUGAGAGAGAGUGUUGAGGUUGCUGUAGACAUCCACAACUACAUAACUAGUGAGGAGCUUGAGUACUGUAAGUGUUGA